AAGGUAACAAUUUUAUAUGAGACAUUUAUUUUUGAUAAGAUAAUCAAUUAAUAUGGGGUUAAAAGAGAGUAUUACAAAGUGAUUACUUUUCAUUUAUAGUACUAAACUAAUUGAAAUUGUGGCUUAAUUUUGAUUGGACACUAAUUUUUGUUACUCCUGGCUACUCCAUCUAAAAAGCUAAGGGAGGGGGGAGUAGUAGGCCAUAUAUGGUGCGUGUUGUUUUGUGUUGACAGGGAUAGGAAUAGCUUAGUGAAGAAGAGUGAGGAAGAAUGGCUUCUUCAUCAUUUGCACCUACUCUAUGUUUCUCCCUCUCAUCUGAAUUCCUUCAAUCACAAAAACCCAAUUCCCUUUCAUGGUCUUCUUCUUUACCCCAACUCAAUAUUUCUUCGUCUUCUUCUUCAACACCCUUCCCUUCAAAUCUCUCUCUCCACCAGAAAUUUGUCGUCGAGGCUGCAUGGACAAGAAGAUCCCGGAGUGAAGCUGCAAAAAAGCCCAACAGGAAGUCAUGGAAACAACGGACAGAUAUGUAUAUGAGACCCUUUUUACUAAAUGUUUUCUUUUCAAAACGAUUUAUCCAUGCAAAAGUCAUGCAUCGAGGAACCAGCAAGGUGAUCUCCGUUGCUACCACAAACGCGAGAGACUUAAGGAACACAUUGCCAUCCCUUACUGAUAACAAUGCUGCUAGGGUAAUAGGCCAGUUGAUUGCAGAGCGAUCAAAAGAAGCUGAUGUCUACGCCAUUGCAUAUGAACCCGGGAAGAAUGAGCGAAUAGAAGGCAGACUUGGGAUUAUUCUUGACACUAUUCAAAAAAAUGGUAUCAUAUUUGUUUGAAAUUUCACCUUGUGUACUCUUCUUGACUUGCAACCAGCUACUAUAGAUAUUUUCAGGAUCAGUUAUUCCCAAUUAUUAGAACCCAUACGUCUUCUUCUUCUAUAUUGGAGCUCGACUUUGUAGCAUAUGAUAGUGUUAUAUUUUGCCAAAAGAUUGUUCUAUUACAGUGGUAGUGAUGUUAUUUCAGUACCA